CUCAAGCUCAAGCGCCAACAGUCACUUUCGCUCACUGGCACCGCCAGUUGCCAUGUUCGCAUGACCUUUUUGUGGAUAAAUUGACUUGUUCUCCACGCUUUCACCGCUCACAUCAGCCCCUUGUAUAUAACUAAGGCAGUCAGCGCGACACCGUGACAUUAUAGCUCCCAUCAUUUUUAGUGCCCACCAAUGGAUCCCCCAACGACCCCCGAGCCGAAGACAAACUAUGAAAAAGGCGAGCAUUAUCUACAAUUAUCGCUGGAAACCUUGGAGGAGCUUUCCAGCUUGUCGAAAGACGAACGUCUUUCAGAAAGUCAAAAAGCUUCCUUCGACAAAGCUUACAGGGCUAGCAAGACUCUAUCCGAAGAGACGAUAAAGAUCAGAAACAAACUGUUGCCACCAAAGAAAUCUUUUCACAAGUUUCUUAUCAAUCUUUUCAUCCGCGAGUCAAGGGGGAAGCGUUUUUACAAAGUCGCAUAUGAAAAUUAUUCAUCCAUCAGAAGAACCUCGGAUGACCUGAACAGAACAUUGGUGUCAGAGAUUGGUGCACUCUUGGGUGAAGAGACUCGGACUAGAGAAACUAAGGGCGAGAACAGAACUCAGUCUUGGUUCAAA